AUGCGCAUACGCCCAGGUGAUGCGUCGUCUCAGUCUGCAGUCCUCCUCCGACCACGCAUAGCCCUUCGAUGGGCGAGUACACUGGAGAGAAAGUCAAGAGCUGAGGGAAUCAAGGUCGAAUCGCUCACUGCGAAAUGGCAACCACAUUGGGACCAGCUAUCUGCCCAAUGGCACGACCUACGGAAGUCCGAUAGGGGAGACGCAUAUGUGCUGCCCAUGUUCCCAUACCCCUCCGGCACCCUCCAUCUAGGCCACCUGCGGGUGUACACGAUAUCCGAUGUUCUUUCCAGAUACAAGCACAUGCAGGGCUACAAGGUCCUACAUCCUAUAGGCUGGGAUGCGUUCGGUCUACCGGCUGAGAACGCAGCCAUCGAGCGAGGGGUACACCCGGAGAAGUGGACGCUACAGAAUAUCGAGGCUAUGAAGAGUCAGAUGAAGGAAAUGGGUGGACGCUGGGACUGGGACGCUGUAUGGAAACUGCUCAGGAUGUUUAGGCAUGGGCUGAUCUCUCGCAUCUUCCUCAUGCUCCAUGAGCGCGGCCUAGCCUACCAAGCGAAAUCUCUCGUGAACUACGAUCCCGUCGAUAAAACCGUCCUCGCAAACGAACAAGUAGAUGCCAAUGGCUGCUCGUGGCGCUCCGGUGCAAAGGUCGAGAAGGUGAUGCUGAAGCAAUGGUUUCUGAAGAUCAAGGAGUUCCAGGAACCCUUGCUAAAGGACCUGGACGCUCUUGCACGAGACGGCAGGUGGCCUGAGAAGGUUCUUGCCAUGCAGAGGAACUGGAUUGGCAAGUCUGAAGGCGCGCAACUUUGGUUUGAUAUCGUCUCGACCGAUAGUGAAAUGCGCUUUGAGCCUGUCGAUGUCUUUACUACCAGAGCUGACACGCUGUUUGGAGUACAGUAUAUCGCUCUUUCGUUGCGUCACCCAAUCGUUCAGCAGUUAGCCAUCGAGGAUGCAGAGCUCCGCGCUUUCAUGGAGCGGGCAAAGGACCUUCCCGCGGACACCAAGGAGGGAUUCAAGCUGGGGAAUAUUGUAGCGCGCAAUCCCCUCGCCCAUGUUCAUGGCUCCACAGGACCCUCUGUACCUGUAUAUGUGGCUCCAUACGUUUUGGACGACUAUGGCUCUGGCGCUGUAAUGGGUGUACCAGGUCACGACACCCGAGAUCAUGCGUUUUGGCGAAAGAACGUCGGUGAUGAGCCAGUCAGAGUCGUCGUAUCUGCCAAGAAAGGCUCACUACCUUUACCACUUGUACCGCGCAGUGGUGAGGACGCACCUAUAACCGAAAAAGGCUUUGUUGCUGCAGACAUAGAUCGCUUCGGGGGCAUGACGUCAAAGCAAGCCGCGAGUGCGGUUGUACAAGCGAUUCUCGAUACUGGAAAGCCGGCUGAAAAGCGAGCAAACUGGCGACUCCGUGAUUGGCUGAUAAGUCGGCAGCGCUAUUGGGGUGCACCUAUUCCAAUCAUCCACUGCAAAUCAUGUGGUGCUGUUCCUGUGCCCGAGGAAGACCUUCCAGUUGAGCUACCGAACCUACCCGACAGCUUCUUCGAGGGUCGCAAAGGCAACCCAUUAGCGGAAGAUGAGAACUGGAAAAAGACCUCUUGUCCGAAGUGCGGCUCGGCUGCUGAGCGCGAGACUGAUACUAUGGAUACCUUCAUGGACUCGUCGUGGUACUUCUUACGGUUUCUAGAUCCGAAGAACGAGCACGCCUUGGUCGACCCGACAAAGACCAAUACUGGCAUGCCAGUGGACCUCUAUGUUGGUGGCGUAGAACACGCGAUUCUCCAUCUUUUAUACGCGCGCUUCAUCUCCAAGUUUCUGGCAACCACUCCAACAUGGCCAAAGGGCUAUCUGACGAAUGGCGAGCCUUUCACGCGCCUAAUCACCCAAGGCAUGGUGCAUGGAGAGACGUUUACAGACCCCGAAAAUGGUCGCUUCCUACGCCCCGAUGAAGUCGACUUGACCAAUCCUUCCAAGCCUAUCAUCAAGGCCAGUGGAGUCACUCCGAACGUUAGUUUCGAGAAGAUGUCGAAGAGCAAGUACAAUGGAGUGGAUCCAGGUGCCACGAUUGCCAAGUACGGCGCAGACGCCACGCGCGCGCAUAUGCUUUUCCAAGCACCUGUCAGUGAUGUGCUUGAGUGGGACGAGAAAAAGAUCACUGGCGUACAACGAUGGUUACACCGAGUUGUCAAGCUGUCGACCGCACCAUGGAUACCGGAUGAUGUGAUAGAGACGUUCCUUACACCCACACAGGUUGACAGUAAACUCCUCAGUAUCCUACAAGAUGCUUCGACAAGCGGCGAAUCUAAGAACGCCACACGCAAAACCUUGGUGUCCACCCUCAAACCAGAUGAGGCUCAGCUUUGGAUCAAGACCCAAGAAACCAUCGCCAGUGUCACAGAAUCGUACUCGCAGACAUACUCUCUCAACACCAUCGUCAGCGAUCUAAUGACGCUGACAAACACUAUCUGGGACACGCCACAUGCGUCUCCAGUCACACCAAUUCUCAAAUGGUACUCCAUGGCCCACCUCGUCCGCAUGCUCGCCCCAAUUGCUCCUGGCGUCGCCGAGGAAGCCUGGCAUCAACUGAACACAUGCACUGCGACUCAGACGAACGACCGCAGCAUCUCAACAGUCUUCGCAACAGGCUUCCCAACCGCAGAUCUGGCCAUCAUACCGCUCCUCACCACAACGCGCAAAUGCGUUGUCCAGAUUGACGGCAAACGCAAGUUCGACGUGAAUAUCCAAAAGCUCCCCGAUUCGGUCAAUCCCAAAGACAGUCAAGCUGUAACUAAGUUUGUGCUUGGUGAGUUGGUACAGACUCCAGAAGGGAGGGAGUGGUUCGAUAGACAGACAGGAAAGAUAUGGAAGUUGAGUGCGACGGAUGAAGAGAGUGAGGAGUUUGGUGUUGUGCCUGCGGGAUGGAAGGUCAUUGCUGUGAAUGGCGGUGCACUGUGUAAUUUUGUUGGGCCGAAGAAGCCUAAGAUGGAGAAAAGUAGAUGA